AUGGAUCGUUACGUUUCAACUUAUCGCAAAGAUUACACCUGGCCUUAUCCAAUAAAACAAAAACAUAAACUUCCAACAGACAAAGAUGAGAUCUUUCGAAUAGGUCCUUGCACUUGUGGCAUGGAUCCAAAAGAUCUUCAGGUAGCUAGAAUGUAUGGUGAAAGAUACGAUUGGAGUCGAGUUAGUCCAAUGGGACCACUUUUGGAUCCUAAACUAUACCCUGCUAAAACUGGUCCUAGUCCUGAAACGGAAGAAACACGAUUUGGGCAGCCAGAUGUUUACUUGAAAAAGUUGGAAGAAAAGUAUCCCUAUUUAUAUGGAGUUAUAGAAGGUGGGCCACCUCGAGAAACAAUUAUGGAUGUUGAAAAAGAUAGAAUGAUGACGACGUACAUGAUGGAUUACAACGGAGGUAGAAGAUGGAAUGAAUCUGCUGCGAUCACCGAUGAUGUACAAAUUUGCGAUUCUACGCGAUUAAACGCCAUUAAACGCGAUUGCCGUCCCCAUAUUCGACCUCCUCUACGAAAAUUUCCAAGUAAAUUCGAUCGAAAGGGGAAAGAUAGAAUUUCUCGUAAAAAAUCGGAUGACGUGGAUGGGCAGGAAUUAAGAAUACCAUCAUGGAAAUCAGAAUACCAGGACAAUAUCGGCAAAGUAGGACAUGCUAUAAUGAAGUACAAAUUGCAUUAUCCUGAAAAGAAGCUCGUGCCGAUACGAUUGAUAACUAAUUAA